AUGUGGGUGGGUCUAAUCUUGUCGGGUCAAGCUCAAGUUCAGGUCUCUAUUUUGGCUGGUACCCUGGCUCGUUUGGAUAGAGAUGCUCCUCACUAUAGAAAUUACUGCGUUAUGUGCAGAGAUGGCUACAAUGACUUCAAUACGUUCUACAUUCAAGCAGCUUCUGGGACGAAAGGUGGUUCAAGUGGUUCCCCUGUAAUUGAUUGGCAAGGCAGAGCAGUUGCCUUAAAUGCUGGAUUCAAGUCAUCAUGCUCGUCGGCAUUUUUCUUACCUUUAGAACGAGUUGUACGGGCCUUAAAAUUCUUGCAGAAAGGAAGAGAUUCAGUUACAAAUAGGUGGGAAGCGGUCACCAUUCCACGUGGCACACUUCAGGUUGUACGGGCCUUAAAAUUCUUGCAGAAAGGAAGAGAUUCAGUUACAAAUAGGUGGGAAGCGGUCACCAUUCCACGUGGCACACUUCAGGUCACGUUUUCGCACAAAGGAUUUGAUGAGACACGUCGUCUUGGUCUCCAAAUUGAAACAGAACAAACGGUGCGUCAUGCUUCCCCGCCUGGUGAAACUGGUAUGCUUGUCGUUGAUUCCGUGGUACCAGGUGGCCCAGCCCAUAAGCAUUUGGAGCCGGGCGAUGUGCUUGUUCGCAUGAAUGGUGAGUUCAAGAAAAACAAAAUCAGAGGGUCAACGAAGGAUGUCAUUCUCACUGUCGGCAAAUCUUGCUUGAAUUCUCACUGUCCAAGAUUUGGAGCCUUGGAGUUCUGGUUCAUCACAUCGUUGUUUGCUGCUCUGGGUUGCUGGGUCCCUGUUCGCUAUUCACUGUUCUUUGCUGUGUUGCCGUCUCUGUUCAAACAAAUAUCAGACCAAUUUGCUAUUCUUUGCUACGUUUCUGCUCCAGUCGGUGGAUGUUUCUUUGCUGGAGUAACCCAGUUCAAGAAAAACAAAAUCAGAGGGUCAACGAAGGAUGUCAUUCUCACUGUCGGCAAAUCUUGCUUGAAUUCUCACUGUCCAAGAUUUGGAGCCUUGGAGUUCUGGUUCAUCACAUCGUUGUUUGCUGCUCUGGGUUGCUGGGUCCCUGUUCGCUAUUCACUGUUCUUUGCUGUGUUGCCGUCUCUAUUCAAACAAAUAUCAGACCAAUUUGCUAUUCUUUGCUGCGUUUCUGCUCCACAUUGCUCAUCUGUUGCUGCCUGUGACGAGAAUGGAUGGCUAGGAGGCUCUUCUGAAUGGAAGAUUUCAGAAUGUGACCCUUCUGAGAAUAUUUUGCAGUGGAAUGAAUCUAAACUAGUCAGUGGGUUUGGUUCUAGAGCCAAAAUGUCAAACUGCAUCACCAGCUCUUCUGAAUGGAAGAUUUCAGAAUGUUACCCUUCUGAGAAUAUUUUGCAGUGGAAUGAAUCUAAACUAGUCAGUGGGUUUUGUUCUAGAGCCAAAAUGUCAAACUGCAUCACCAGUAAUGUUCAGAACUUGCACUCAAUAACUCCUGACUACUUCUUGGAAGUUAGUGGUGCUGUGAUUCAGCCACUUUCUUAUCAACAGGUUCAGAACUUGCACUCAAUAACUCCUGACUACUUCUUGGAAGUUAGUGGUGCUGUGAUUCAGCCACUUUCUUAUCAACAGCCUAUACUGGCCAUGGGGGUGUUUAUGAUGUAUGUGUUUGACUCACUUUCUAUUGGAUCCUUGCAAAAUGGCUGUGGUUCAGAAGGGUUCACAAGGGCUAGAAAUUUCCGUUUCCAUUCUGGUCUUGUCUAUGUUACCGAACCAGGGUAUAUGCUAUUUAGGGCUGGAGUUCCACGGCAUGCCAUCAUUAAGAAGUUUGCAGGAGAAGAAAUAUGCUGUCUUGAAGACCUAAUCUUGGUACUAUCUAAACUGUCAAGGGGUGCAAGAAUACCAUUGGAAUUUGUAAGAUACACUGAUCGUCAUCGAAGAAAGUCUGUCCUAGUCACAGUUGACGGCCAUGAGUGGUAUGCCCCUCCUCAGAUAUACACUCGUGAUGAUGGUUCUGGUUUAUGGACAGCAAAGCCUGCUUUGCCACCUGACUGCCCUCUUUUAUCAUCUGCCACCAAACAUGUUGGACAAGGUCUAGCAAACCACAUACUUUCAUCAGAUGCUAGCGAGGCUAGUCCAAUGGAACAUGUCCAUCACACUAUCAGCCAAGAAUCUUCUGAUGGUGUAACCAGUAUCGAAACUAGUGAUGAAUAUGUCGCUGAAGGCCAAGCUUCUAGGGAUGAAUCUGAUUUUGGAACAAAAAAGCUGCAGGAGGAGGAGAAUUCAUCUGCUGAUGGACUUGUUAUUGCUGAUGGUUCUUUAGAUGAGCCCACAGAAGUGGGAUUGGAGGACUCAAAAACCUUGGAAGAUGCAGUUUUAAGAGAUUAUCAAGGUGCCGCAGCUGCCGCAGCUAAUGCUUCAGUUGCUGAGCGUGUGAUAGAGCCUACUCUUGUAAUGCUCGAGUGGCUGACAGCGGUGGAGGAAUGUCGAUGUUGGGGUGAAGAAGCAAUGGAAAAUGCUACUGAAAGAGUUCAUGUGCCAUCACCAUGUAAGCUUGAUGGUGUCCACUUACAACAUUUCUUUGGAACUGGUGUGAUCGUAUACCAUUCUCAAACCUUGGGAUUAGUUGUAGUUGACAAGAAUACUGUUCCAAUAGCUGUCUCCGAUGUGAUGCUUUCUUUUGCUGCCUUUCCUAUUGAAAUUCCUGGGGAGGUGGUUUUUCUGCAUCCAGUACAUAACUUUGCUUUUGUUGCAUAUGACCCUUCUGCGUUGGGAGCUGUUGGUGCUUCUGUGGUUCGUGCUGCUGAACUUCUUCCUGAUGGGGAAGAUGAACAGAUAAUACCUGUUAACUUCUAUAGGGUUCAUGUGCCAUCACCAUGUAAGCUUGAUGGUGUCCACUUACAACAUUUCUUUGGAACUGGUGUGAUCAUAUACCAUUCUCAAACCUUGGGAUUAGUUGUAGUUGACAAGAAUACUGUUCCAAUAGCUGUCUCCGAUGUGAUGCUUUCUUUUGCUGCCUUUCCUAUUGAAAUUCCUGGGGAGGUGGUUUUUCUGCAUCCAGUACAUAACUUUGCUUUUGUUGCAUAUGACCCUUCUGCGUUGGGAGCUGUUGGUGCUUCUGUGGUUCGUGCUGCUGAACUUCUUCCUGAACCUGCUCUGCGUCGUGGAGAUUCAGUCUAUCUUGUGGGGUUGAGUAGGAGUCUACAGACAAUGUCUAGGAAAUCUAUUGUCACCAACCCUUAUGCUGCUUUGGAUAUUGUCUCUGCUGCUUGUCCGCAGUACAGACCAACCAAUAUGGAAGUCAUCAAGCUUGAUACUGAUUUUGGUAGUACAUUUUCGGGUGUGCUAACUGAUGAACAUGGAAGGGUUCAAGCUAUCUGGGGAAUUUUUUCAACUAAGCUGAAAGGUGGCCAUAACUCAAAUGUAGAUCAUCAGUUUGUCCGGGGAGUUCCAAUAUAUACCAUCAGUCAAGUCCUGUGCAAAAUGAUAUCUGGUGCCAAUGGACCACCUCUUCUUAUAAAUGGCAUCAAAAGGCCCAUGCCACUUGUUAGAAUUUUGGAGGUUGAACUUAAACCUACUUUGCUGUCAAAAGCUUGGAGUUUUGGACUGAGCGACAAACCUGCUCUGCGUCGUGGAGAUUCAGUCUAUCUUGUGGGGUUGAGUAGGAGUCUACAGACAAUGUCUAGGAAAUCUAUUGUCACCAACCCUUAUGCUGCUUUGGAUAUUGUCUCUGCUGCUUGUCCGCAGUACAGACCAACCAAUAUGGAAGUCAUCAAGCUUGAUACUGAUUUUGGUAGUACAUUUUCGGGUGUGCUAACUGAUGAACAUGGAAGGGUUCAAGCUAUCUGGGGAAUUUUUUCAACUAAGCUGAAAUAUGGCCAUAACUCAAAUGUAGAUCAUCAGUUUGUCCGGGGAAUUCCAAUAUAUACCAUCAGUCAAGUCCUGUGCAAAAUGAUAUCUGGUGCCAAUGGACCACCUCUUCUUAUAAAUGGCAUCAAAAGGCCCAUGCCACUUGUUAGAAUUUUGGAGGUUGAACUUAAACCUACUUUGCUGUCAAAAGCUCGGAGUUUUGGACUGAGCGACAGUUGGAUUCAAGUACACUUUCGUCCUUCAACAAAUUCCUUGUUUCUUUUGAUGCCUGUGAUACAUUUGCAUUCAAAAUUUGAGAUUGAAGAGCUGCAGCCAUCUUCAACUAAAUCAAUGGGAUCCCUGAACAAAGCUCUGGCAGAGGGGAUCUUAGUGCAUCUGUGUCAUGGUGUGUUCCUAUUUGUUUGCGUCGCUCUUGUAAAGAAAGAUCCUAUUAGACGUCAAGUUCUACGGAUUACAGGUUGUUUGGCGGGAUCCAAAGCUGAAAAUUUACUAGAACAAGGUGACAUGGUUUUAGCAAUUAAUAAAGAGCCAAUUACAUGUUAUCGUGACAUUGAAGAUGCUUGCCAGUCAUUGGACCUGUGUGAUGACAGUGAUGGGAGACUUAACAUGACUAUUUUUCGUCAGUGUUGUGAAAUUGAACUUCUCGUUGGAACCGAUGUGAGGGAUGGGAAUGGAACCACUCGUAUGAUAAAUUGGUGCGGAUCUAUUGUCCAGGAUCCACACCCAGCUGUGCGUGCUCUUGGAUUUCUUCCCAAUGAAGGCCAUGGCGUAUAUGUGACAAGGUGGUGUCACGGGAGUCCAGUACAUAGAUAUGGUCUGUAUGCUCAGCAAUGGAUAGUUGAAGUUAAUGGAAAACCAACUCCUGACUUAGAUGCUUUUGUCAGUGUGACAAAGGCAUUGCAGCAUCAGGAAUUCGUUCGUGUAAAGACUGUCCACUUGAAUGGGAAGCCUCAAGUGUCUACAUUGAAGCAGGAUUUGCACUACUGGCCUACUUGGGAGCUAAGAUUUGAUCCUGAAACUGCAAUGUGGCGUCGCAAGACAAUCAAAGCAUUGAACUGCAGUAUUUGA